CGAGAAAACGGGUCUCCGGUAAGAGGAGCCGGAUCAGCCCCUGAGCUGAAGCUGCAACGUUUCCCUCACGGUGUUCUUUCACGAGGCAAGCGACCAAGCUCCUUUUACGAAGAGACCGUGUCCGAAUCCUGGACUACCAAAAUUCUUGGCGUGAGACCAACAGAACGGAGUUGUUCCGUUUCUCUUCUAGCGUCAAAUGCACAAAAUAUGGAUCAGCGGGCUUCUAGAGUGUGUUCCGUACAUAGCCGAGCUUUUCCCAGAAGAGCCAUGGCUUUUUUUGGUGCAGGGGGGAGAAAUCGCAGAGGCAAGGCACAGAGAGGGCCCCUGAACUCCUGAGUUUGUCUUGUCUUUUGAGGCCUGAUCCAAGCUUGAACCCUUCCUCUAUUCCUCUGCCGUCUUCCGAUACAGAGCUUUUGUUGGUUGAUCUCGCACACACACUACGUACCCAGGCCCAGUUUAUUCCUUCGCGCCGAGCCUACCCUCUACAAUCUGAUUCGAAAGCGCACCGACCGAUCCAAUCUCUAUAUCUGCGACGAAUUAUACACACAUAUCAUAAUGUCGGGUCUCGACGCACCAGAAGUCAGCGCAGCCUACGACGCCGUGCGCUCAGACAAAGAUGAGACAAACUGGCUGCUCAUCUCGUACGCGUCGGCCGUGGGGAACAAGCUGAGCCUCACCAAGACGGGAACAGGCGGUCUGGCCGAGAUGGUCAAGGAGCUGGACGACGGGCAGGUGCAGUACGGCUACGUACGCGUCGAGUACGCCAACGACAAGGAGAGCAAGCGUGUCAAGUUUGCGCUGGUCGUCUGGAUCGGAGAGAACACAAAGGUCAUGCGCAAAGCACGCGUCAGCAUCGAGAGCGGCGACGUCAAGAGGCAGCUCUCGCAUCAUAGCAUCGCGGUCACCACGGGGGAUCGGUCCGAGUUGGAUGAGGGGGAUAUCGUUGUGAGGUUGAGGAAGGCUGGCGGUGCUGAUUACAACGGAGGUCGGGGUUGAGAUACGCGACGAUAGCUUCACGAUGUCGUAUCUACAUACAUAUCUUGCCCGUACAUAUCAUGAUAUACAGCGUUUACGGCUCGUUAUCUUGGACGAACCGGUCACGUGCGUGCUGGAGAUAGACGGCAGUUCAUUAUCUAUCACGGAAAUGUCGCCGGACUUCUUAGAUAGGAAUAAGGCGCAUCCAAGGAACGAGGGGUAACGAUGUUUACGAUAGAACCGGUUUCCCAAGCUCAAUACCCCAAACUUUGUGAUAACUAGCCAAGGCUAUCAAUCCUUCAACCACGUUAGAUGCCAGGAUUGCCGGGCGCGCGGGUGCUGAUACCCUGACGAUCACAUACUGGAUAUUCACCAGAUUAGGUAAAGUUCAAGAUUGGGAGGGAUGCAUUCAAUUCAAUUCAAUCCCGGCAUUCGGGGUUUGAUAGAUAUGAUGGGUGAAUUUAAGGUGAAUGUGCAUGAUCUGCCUGUUUCACAAG